AGUAAAUUUAUUCUUAUAUCAAACAUUUCAGAGGUUGGAACACAUGGAGUAAUUUGGCGGUCUCCGUAGAAAUCCUGCUGCUCUAUCUCUGACACGCUCUCUUUUUCUCCCUCUACCAUCUCCUGUCCACAAUUCAAUCCUUUCAUCUCCCUUUCUUCUUAGUAUUCUUUUGUUUACCUCUUGUUCUCUCUCUAAUCAAUCCCUAUUUAUAAUUUAUAAUAUAAUAUACUAAAAUCAUAUUCUUUCAUCACAAAUCCCUGUUCUUGUGACCAAUUUUCUGCACAGUUGAAACACUACUAGUGCACAACCAUGCCUGUAAUAACUUCUACAAGAAACACAAAACCCAGAAACCAAAAGCAACAGAACACCCCCAAAGCCAUCUCCGAAACUGACCCCAUGUAUUCAAAAUCAACCAUUUCUUCUAUCCUCCUAACACCCUUUUCACCCACCAGUAAAAAGAAGAACAAGUUCACAUCACUUAGGGGACUUGGUUGCAGGGCAACAUCUCCACAAGUCUCUGUGCCUGAUACAAUUAAGACUUCAGCUGAUUGGGAAUCCAAGAAAGUCAAGAAUAAGAUGAAGAAAAGCAAGAAAAACAAGACCCUCAAUCUGAAUUUUGUUGGUGGAGAAGGAAAUAACUUUUCCACCCAGAACAGUUGUUGUAAUAACUCCUCAUGUUUAUCUGCUCCAGAUGAUGUUUGGUGCGGAUUAACUGCUGAUGCUGCUUCUGUUGAUUGUGUUGUUUCAACUAGGCCACUUUCUGGUAGAGCCAGACUUCAUAUUACCCCCAGGGAGCGAUCUUCAUGUCCUGUGCGAAGAAUGGUGAGCCCAGAAGACGAUCCUUUUCUUGAUAUUGAGGAAAUGCCACACUCCCGAGCAGACUGGUUUGGGUUUAGGUAUCAUCGCCAUUCUCACUAUGGUUUUCCUGAAGGACUUACGGAGAUUGUGAUGCUUCAGAAUAGUCUUAUGGGAGGAAGAACAGAGGGUCUUGAUCGAUACCGAAGCUGGAGACUUAAUGUGGAUAACAUGUCAUAUGAGGAACUGCUGGAACUUGGUGAUAGAAUUGGAUAUGUGAGUACAGGAUUGAAAGAAGAUGAGAUAACUCAAUGUGUCAGGAGAACCAAGCCCUUCUUUUUGAAUACUUUAUCGCAUUUGCGCACAGAACUGGAAAAAAAGUGUAGCAUCUGUCAGGAGGAAUAUGAGGCUGAGGAUGAAACGGGCAAGCUAGGUUGUGGACACUUCUAUCAUAUCCAUUGCAUAAAACAGUGGCUUAUGCACAAAAAUAGUUGUCCGCUUUGUAAAUCUGCUGCCGUGUCUGAUAGCUAAACUUUCGAAGAAUUUUCAACCUCGUGAACCUGUUGAUUUCGUAUUCCUUUUGUAUAGCUUUUAUGCAUGCAAGAAAAUUCUUUUAUGUGGUUCUUUUGCAAGUGCUUUGCGAAGAUUAUGGCUCUUUUGUUUGGAUAGCAGUCCAAUAUGGGACUGCUUGAAACAAAGUGGUUCGCAUUCUUCUGGUUGUCUUUUAAUUACAAUGCUUCAAUGGUACAAAACUCUUGCCAUA